AUGCGCGCCAUCCUGUUGUUCACCUUUGGGUUACUCACCCCUUACGUCCUGGGAAAGACCAUUGUGUCACGGGCUGAUAUCGAAACCUGUCUCACUUCGUUCGGCGUGCCCAUCGACAUCAAGGGCACGGCCGACUGGAAACGCGAUGCUGCGCCCUUUAACCUCCGCGUCCCGUACAUCCCAGUCGCCAUUUCGGUGCCCACUACCAUUGAGCAUAUACAAAAGUCAGUGAUAUGCGCCACGGCCCUUGGCAUUAAGGUAUCGGCCAAGUCUGGAGGACACAGCUAUGCGUCCUUUGGCCUCGGCGGAGAAGACGGUCACUUGGUCGUUGAGCUGGACCGCAUGUAUAAUGUCACCAUGGGUGAGGAUGACAUUGCUAUUGUUCAACCUGGGGUCAGACUGGGUCACCUCGCAACCGAGCUGGCUACGAAAUACGGUCGCGCCGUCGCUCACGGCACCUGUCCUGGAGUUGGUAUAUCUGGACACUUUCUCCAUGGCGGCUUUGGCUUCAGCUCCCACACACACGGCCUAGCACUGGACGCCGUAGUCGGUGCCACUGUCGUCCUCGCCGACGGCAGUAUCGUUGAAACCUCUGAGAGGCAGAACCCAGAUCUCUUCUGGGCUCUCCGGGGGGCUGGGUCCAACUUUGGCAUCGUUGCAAGCUGGCGGCUGAAAACUUUCAUGGCCCCUACCACUCUGAGCUGGUUUAGUGUCAGCCUGGGGUGGAACCACUCUACGGCAGUAGCGGGCCUUGAGGCCCUUGAGAACUAUGUCACGAAUGCCAUGCCUGGCGAGCUCAAUUUCCGUCUAUCGGAUCGUAGCCAAGGACGCCCCGGCAUGGAGGGACUGUAUUAUGGCACCGAGGCGCAGAUGCGCGCAGCCGUUAUUCCCCUUCUUGAGAAAGCUGCCCCUUUGGGAAUUAUCACUGCGUCCGGCACGGUCGACUGGCUUCAAGCAACGGUUCACUACAGCCAUUCUGACAAUGUUGAUCGGAUAACGCCUAGCACUCAAGAGACCUUCUUUGCCAAGAGUCUAACGCUCAAGGGCUUGCACGGAAAUCCGGCACAGAAUUUGGUCGACUACUGGUUCAACAAUGCCACCCAGAUGACGGAGCGCAACUGGUGGUUCCAGCUAGACAUACACGGCGGCAAAAACUCGGCUAUCACCCGAGUCUCUAAAGACCAGACAGCGUAUGCCCACCGCGACAAGCUGUAUAUCGUUCAGUUCUAUGACCGCGUCUCCCAGGGUGUCUAUCCACCCGAGGGUAUUCUGUUCCUCAAUGGUUGGGUCGACGCUGUCACGAGCACGCUGACGCCAGAUGAUUGGGGAAUGUACAUCAACUACGCCGACACCACUCUCGACCGCGAAACCGCACAGCGCGUCUACUACGGCAGCAACUUGCGUAGGCUGCAGGAGAUCAAGGCUAAGUAUGACCCGAUGGAGCUGUUCUAUUAUCCUCAGUCAAUCAAGCCUUUGCUUCUCUAAGAGAUAUCGCGAAUGAGAAUUGUUGGAGGAGACUGUUCAGCACGAUUAAUCAAGUGAGUCACACCCUAGAUCCCGAGGACUGUCCUAUUUUGACUUACUGUGACGGCAGUGGCGGCUGCUGUCAACAGUACAGAAGCUACC